UUGCAGUGCAGUCCCUCCACUUCCUCUUUCUCUGGUUCACAGUCAUGUGAUACGUGUUGCCUUCUGCGUGUCGUCGUCGGCUGGGCAGCAUACAUUUAGUUGAAAGUUUAUACCUCUGAAGUCUUGUGUUUUUAGACGAAACUCACAAUGGCAAUAACUUCGUUUGCGAUCGCGAUUUCCGUGAUGACUGUGUUCUGGGGUAUUGUUGGAGGAAUUGUGCCUUGGUUUAUCCCCAAAGGACCAAACAGAGGUGUGAUAGUGACGAUGCUGGUGCUAACUGCAGUCUGCUGUUACCUUUUCUGGUUGAUAGCCAUUCUGGCCCAGUUGAACCCGCUGUUUGGGCCUAGCCUGACCACUGAUGUUAUUUGGUACCUGCGCUAUCACUGGCCUUAAUUUGCCUUUCUGGGGCUCCCAACCCUUAAGCAACAGGAUGACCUUGCAGUGCUGCACACCAGUGGAUGUUUGCCAUUGCAGAGAUCAGUUGUCCCCAAUUGCCUUAAAACUCUGAACCCUGUAUGAUUAUUGAGUGGCACCAGUGCCUUGUGUAUAUAAUGACUCCCAAAGGGCUGUGAGAUCUGUGUGGAUGUGCUGUGACCUAAAUUAAAGUAACAUUUCCUUGUUGCA